GAUCUGAGUUCUGUUUACUAGAAAGAUGUCUUCUAUGCUAGCUGCUAUCUCGAAGUUGGUCAACAUAAUGACCGUAAAUGUAAAAUAAUUGGAACUCUUUACUUAUUCCUCAUAACGUUCUUCCCUGUACAAGGUCCCAAAGACUUCUGAAAAUGCAACUGAGGCAUCUUAAAACACUGUUAACACCCCAGGACAGUGCUGCCAAAGUGACAUGCAUGGCCUGGGCUCCCAAUAACACCAAGUUCGCUGUGUGCACCGUGGACCGGGUGGUGCUGAUCUAUGAUGAGCAGGGGGAGAGGAGGGACAAGUUCUCCACCAAACCCCUGGACUCCAAGUAUGGGAAACAGAGCUACGUUGUCAACGACAUGGCGUUCUCCCCUGACUCCACCAAAAUCGCCAUCGGCCAGUCUGACAACAUCAUCUUCGUGUACAGGAUUGGAGAAGAUUGGGGCGACAAGAAAGCUAUUUGCAACAAAUUUGUUCAGACGAGCGCUGUGACUUGCUUGCUCUGGCCUGCAGAUCAAUCGAUUGUGUACGGAUUAGUGGAUGGCAAGGUUCGCCUCGCCAACACUCAGACGAGCAAGUCAUCGACCAUCUACGGCACCGAGUCCUGCGUUGUCUCACUAGCAUCCAAUGUUUCUGGUAAAGGCAUCCUGUCGGGCCACGCUGACGGGACGGUUGUGCGUUACUUCUUUAAUGACGAAGGCUCGGGGGACUCUCAGGGGAAGCUGCUGGUGCACCCGUGCCCCCCCUACGCUCUGGCCUGGGCAGCGAACAGCAUCAUGGUGGGCGGCUGUGAUAAGAGGGUGGUGGCGUACGGCAGAGAGGGGCACGUCCUGCAGACCUUCGAGUACAGCCGCGACCGCACGGAGAAGGAGUUCACCGUGGCCGUCACCAGCCCCAGCGGACAGUCCGUCGUGUUCGGCAGCUUUGACCGGCUGCGGGUGUUCAACUGGGCUCCCAGGAGAGGAGUGUGGGAUGAAGCGAAGCCCAAAGAGAUCCUCAACCUGUACACCAUCACCAGCCUGGCCUGGAAGAAAGACGGAUCGCGCCUCUGUGCGGGAACUCUGUGUGGUGGAGUGGAGCUGUUUGACUGCUGCCUGCGGAGAACCAUCUAUAAAAACAAGUUUGAGAUGACCUACGUGGGUCUGAGCCAGGUGAUCGUGAGGAACCUCUCCUCAGGAAUGCGAGUGGUGCUGAAGUCUCACUACGGGUAUGAGAUAGAGGAAGUGAAGAUCAUGGGAAAGGACCGCUUCCUGGUGGCUCACACCUCCGACACGCUGCUGCUGGGAGACCUGCUGACAAACAAGCUGAGCGAGGUGGCGUGGCCCGGAUCUGGGGGAAACGAAAAGUUCUUCUUUGAAAAUGAAUCUGUGUGUAUGAUCUUUAACGCUGGGGAGCUGAGCCUGGUGGAGUACAGCAGCAAUGAGAUCCUGGGAUCAGUCAGAACCGAAUUCAUGAACCCUCACCUCAUCAGUGUCCGACUACUAACGAGAGGGAAGCAGAGAGGAGUGGAAGACAACAAGAAGCUGGCUUAUCUCAUCGAUAUAAAGACCAUCUGUAUUGUGGACUUGGCCGGUGGCUACAAUCUGGGAACCAUCAACCAAAACUCCAAGAUCGACUGGCUGGAGCUGAACGAGACCGGACGCAAGCUGCUGUUCAGGGACAAGAAGCUGCGGCUCCACCUGUACGACAUAGAGACGAGUGUGAAGACCACGCUGCUGAGUUUCUGCUCGUACGUGCAGUGGGUUCCCGGCAGUGAUGUGGUGGUGGCUCAGAACCGAGGGAACCUGUGCGUCUGGUACAGCAUCGACAGCCCCGAGAGCAUCACCAUGUUCCCAUCAAGGUCCGGAGACAUCGUGGAUCUGGAGAGUGAUGGGAAGACGGAUGUGAUCGUGACGGAGGGCGUGAGCACGGUGACGUACACGCUGGACGAAGGCCUCAUCGAGUUUGGAACGGCCAUCGAUGACGGGGAUUACGACAGAGCCACAGCAUUCCUGGAGACUCUGGAGAUGUCGCCAGAGACUGAAGCCAUGUGGAAGACGCUCAGCAAGCUGGCUCUGGAGGGUCAGCAGCUGCACAUCGCAGAAAGGUGUUUUGCUGCGUUAGGGGACGUCUCAACUGUGCGUUUCCUCCACCAAACUAACCAGAUUGCCGACAAAGUUUCACAUGAAAUGGGUGGAGAUGGAACAGAGUUUUUUCAGGUCCGAGCGCACGUCGCCAUGCUGGAUAAAAACUUCAAACUGGCUGAGAUGCACUACAUGGAGCAGAACUCCAUUGAUGAAGCCAUAGAGAUGUACCAGGAGCUCCACAUGUGGGACGACUGCAUCGCUGUUGCUGAAGCCAAGGUAGCAACAAACUCACUCAAU